AUGGCUACAGAUGCAGAAUCUGCUCUGGUGAUGGACCUUCCUAGAUCUCCUGCAUUAGAACCAGGGGGUCUCGAAGAGAAUCCAUCCCCUCCUCCUUCAGCAUUAAUGUCCCAAGCUAGUGAUUUAAUUCCCAGUCCUACAACGGGACUUAUGAAUAGACCAGCUGCUGGCACAAAUCUUUCUGAACCUUCCGCCAUCGGGGAUGAUGAGGAGCGAGUAGAUUAUGAAGGCUCCUCAACUGGUGACGCAGCUGACGAAGAUAGAGAUGAUGAUGAGGAUGCUGACGUUGGCAACAUGCCAGGUGAUGACGCAGGGGACGACGAGCAUAAUUCUAUGGAUGAUAUAACCCUUUUUGAUGAUGUUCCCAAGGUCCCAUCCGAUAAGGCAUCGGGUUAUACUCCUUUUCACAUCUCUGGUUCGCCUCCUACCAAGACUACUGCUGCUACUACUUCGGAGCAGGAUCCUGUGCAAGUGUCAGCUCCUCCACAAGAGCAACAUUUACCUGGCUCACCCACGUCAGCUGCUUCACCUGUAGCACCGCCUGAAACUAUUGUUACGACUCCUCCUUUGGAACAGCCGGUCGUGCAGGUGUCAGCUCCUGUGCAAGAGCAGCCUCUACCUAUCUCAUCUACUGCAGCUACUUCAUCUACUGCAUUGAUGAAGAUCUCACUUACGCCAGCAGAAGCGAGGCCAAGCACGUCUCAGGCAAGAGCAAUGAUGGCUUUGACCUCAAGCCCAUCACAAUUGAAUGUUUCUACCGCUUCUGCAGCUUCAGCGCCCGGAUCUCCUGCACCAAUUUCAAUGGCUCUGGGAGCAUCCUCCAGCAUCACUUCAAGUCUCUCGGGUGCACCUGAGUUCCUUCAAAUCUCCUUGGUAUAUUUGAAUAGCCUCGCAAAGAAGCAUUUUGAGGUAUUGGGUCGCAGAGAGCUUCAGCCACAAAUUGUGUCUACUUUGGCCAGUCUUCAGGUUGUAGAAGUGGCUCGCCGGGAGGCGAUAGAACGGGACUUGGCUGAAAGAAAACGUCAAAUCACGGAGAUUCGCGAGCGUAAUAUUCGGAAGCGAGAAGAGUUAGAACGCUCGACUACUUCUAUGAAUUCGCUUCGUGAUAGACUUGUUGAAGCUGAGGCUGAAGUCCUGCGAUUAAAGGCUAAACUCGCCCGCGAGGAAAAUGUUGUCAAUAUCCUUAGCACCCAAAAUGCUACUGGAGCUUUGGAAUAUCACACGCAGGCUCGAGCUUUGGAACAAGCCAGAAAUGAAGCAGCAGCUAUCAUCACACCCAGUGAGGAAGAACUCCGGGCAAAGGCUGAAGCCCUGGUGCGCACCACUCACGAGGAGGAGCUAACUGAAGUUAGGACCCAACUUGUUUCUUUUGAUUUGAUGCAUGAGUGA